UUUGAUUCAUCCUGGAUCACAAUCGUGUGAUAUCUGCAAUGGGAAAUGAAAACGUUUUACUUCCACAUUAUCAUUUUAUCUAUUGUGAAAAAUCAUUCUGGUUAUGGGUUGUCCGUAUUUGACACUAGUGUUGUGUUUGAUAUUCUGUUUUCAUGUUUGGAUUGGUGAUGCCGAGAAAUCACCAGAACUUUCAUGCCACGCAAACAAUGCCUGCUCCAGUCUGAGGAAUGUAACUUGUAGAUUCAAGGAUCUGGGACUCUUUGAAAGUUUCCCCGAAGUAGAUAGCCUGACAAACAAACCCUGGCCCUCACCCCCGCUAUGUCACAAUAUCACAGCCGUCCAACACCAGAAUGGGUCAGAAAUAUUGCUGAACAUCACGUGGAAAGGUCCCAGCGAUGCUUCCUUUCAAAAAUUGAAAGGGUUUUACAUAGAAACAACGAUAUCUUCCAACGCCUAUCCUAUUGGAAGUUAUUUCAUAGAUCUGAAAAAUGACGUUGAUCUCUUCAAAGACGACGCCUUGUUCGGAACCAUUCAGAGCGUGAUUUUCGAAAUGAUGUGUGUCUUCAGACCACGAGCUCGAGGGUCGUCACCAGAGCCGGUAAAUUUCGACAUUUCGAGUGUACCUUCUCCCAUGGAUGAGGAUGAUGUUAACACUUGUCAGUUGAUUUAUUUUCCCGUUACCAUUUCAUCAUCACAGACUGAAUCAAUCUUUUUGCCAACAAUGACCGCUCCAUCAUCCCUGGUUAGUUCAGACAUGCUCAAACACGAUGACCAGCGGAAGUCGGUAGCAACAGCCACGGUAAUUUCAUUAGCUGUGUGCUCCAUGCUGUUAGUGAUUAUUGUCACUAUAUUCCUGUAUCAUCAGAGAAAACACAACAUCCAGCGAAUUUCAAUAACCAAGAACGAGUGUAUGCCAUCUAUUUCUUCCUCCCCCCUGGAACAAACUAUCCCACCUACAGACAACCCAGUAUUGUGGACUGCAGAUAGAGAAAUCGCGGAGCACUCAGUGACGUCACGACAGAGCGAUACGAGUUCGGAAGACCCGAUACUGGACGAUGAGAUAUCACGGGAAAUGCUAAGAAUUAAUUUUGGAACUUUUGAUAAACCACUUUGCGAAGUGGAACAUUAUCUAUAAUCAGGGAUUAAAACAUUGUUGUGACGUCAGUUCUUUGUCUUGACAGUACUUUAUUUUUCAUACGGUACUGAACAUAGUCCAGUAUUAUUAAGAGUCCAGUAUUAUUAAGAGAAGGCCAAUAUUAUGAGAAAUAUUGGACUGACAGUAAAAACCAGGAAUAAAGACCACUCUUCGUUGUGCGAGAAAACA